CUGUUUGGACCAGACUGACAGAGAGAACCUUCCUCCUCCAGGUUCCACUCCUUCCUUCUGUUCCUGGGUCAGCCGUCGUCCUCGGUGAGGGACAUCAGAGUGACCAGUUUCUGUCGGAUCAUCAGUGAGUUCUCUCUGGAGUACCGGACCACCAGAGAACGGGUCCUGACCCUCAAACAGAAACGAGCCGCUCACAGAGAGAGGACCAAGACCAGGGGCAAGAUGAUCACCGAGACUGAGAAGUUUUCGGGGGCAGUGCCUCAGGAGGAUGACUCCUCCCCCAUCUCCCCAGAGGCGGAGCCUGGUCAGGAGGAGCAUGAGAACAUGAAGAACCUGCUGAUCAGCACCGACAGUCUGACUGUGGACCAGAGAGGCCUGAGACGCUCCAGAGCCGUCCGCAGUCUCGGCAGUUUGAGUCCGUCCCAGAUGUUCGUAGCCAGAGAAGACGGGACUGUCUCCCAGGAUGAUGCCACGGACGAGAUAAUGGACCGACUGGUCAAGUCCGUGACCCAGAACCCCUCAGACAGACCGUCCAGUCCCAAGACCCGCAAGCGGUCCCGCAUGAACAGGAAGUCAUUGAGGAGGACUCUGAAGAGCGGGCUCAGUCUGGACGUGGUUCAGGCUCUGGGACUCAACAGCAAGAUGGCAGACCGGGUCUGAUCCCAGACCAGCUGAGAGACACGAGGACGGGUCUCCUUCAGGAGGACGAUCAGUGUUUAACUUUAGUGACGUCAUGAGUUUAUUAAUAUUAAUGUCGACAUGUUUCAGACAAACUAAAGAGACGUUCAGCUCUGAGACGACACAAACGAACAUGUCCAUUUAGUUCCUCUUCUUUUGAUCAAACCCCACAUGAUCUUCUUCUGCAGUUUUAAAUGUGUUCAAACUCUUCUCACCUAAUGCUCACAGUGAGGUCACACACAUGCGCACACACACACACGCGCGCACCCUCACACACACACACACACACGCGCACACUCACACACACACAC